AUGGAUGUCGACGAAAUCCUCCAAGCAAGAAAGUCACUCUCUAAAGCUCUUAAGGAUGAGAAGAUUUCGGUUGUCCUUGAUAUAAUGAAUAAUCUUAACGAAAGAGCCAUCGUUACAAAAGAACUGUUGAAGACAACAGAGAUUGGCGUUUUUAUUGGGAAACAGCGCAUGCACAAAAAUGCUGAAGUUGCGAAGCUUGCUAAAGAGAUAGUUAAAAAAUGGAAAACGGCGGUUGGUUCGAGUGAUUCCCCCUCCCCACGUCCUAAUGGAAUUAAUGGGAAUUCCGUUAAGGCCGAUUCCUCAGAUAAUAAAUCUACAAUUAAACCUUCAACGCCCAAGGAAAAUGGAAAAAAACCACCCAAGCCUAUAAAUAAUAGUAAGCCACUUCAACGUGAAAGUUCCCAAAGUUCGAUUUCAUCACCGACAACACCAUCGGCACCUGAUAGUGAGCGAAGUUUUGAAUCCGACGGAGUUAAGGCCACCACAAAUAAUCCUGUGCGCGACAAAUGCGUAUCCUUGGUGUAUAACGCUCUGGUAACCGAUUCAAACGUUGAUGCAUCUAUAAUUCUUUCGCGAGCAAUUAAAAUUGAACAGACGAUACAUAACCAAUUUGAGGGAAAAGCGGAGAGAAAUUAUCGUGAUAAACUGCGUAGUUUAAUUCUUAAUCUCAAAGAUAAAAGUAAUCCGAAUCUUCGAAAACGAGUUGUUAGCGGAGAGUUGACAGUUGAGAUGUUUUGCACCAUGUCUAAGGAGGAAAUGGUUUCCGAGGAUCGAAAAGCCCGCAAUAAUGAAAUUAGACAGGCAAACCUUUUUAAGGCAAGGGGCGCAGGACAAAUACAGGCCGAGACGGAUGCGUUCAG